CACCCUAUCACUGCCAGAAUCGCGCAUCAGUUUCCGAGCGCAUCCCAUACUGUGGUCUCAUCAUGCCUUUUCCGUGGUAUGAAAUUAACACAGCUACUCAGAGCAAUGUAACAUAACGAGACCACAUAGACCGCUCACAAACACGUUUGUGAAACGUUGCGCUUUUUUGCACUGGGACGACGAAUGUUUAUUAUACCGAUAUGACAAACAGCGGCUGUCGACAGAAUUCGUCAGCCCGUGGUUUCUUUCAAAAUGCCCAAAUAACCAGUUGAGUUUGGACCAUAGAAUCUUCAUGAAAGACGAACGUUUGGUAGGCUGGCCAUGGACGCCUUCAGCCAGAUCAUCCUGCUCAUCGCGCUGGUCAGUUUCUUCACCUUCCAGUGGUUGUUCCACAGCGUGAGCCCCUGGAUCUCCUCCAGGGUUAGCCCCGGUUUUCUGCGGCUCAACCCCAAGCAGAAGAUCGAGUGGAACUCCAGGACGGUGUCCACAUUUCAUGCCCUGGUGGUUGGGAUCUUCUGCCUCUACAUCUUGCUCUUUGAUGACGCCGUCAAUCAAGACCCAGUGUGGGGAGAUCCUACGAUGGUCAAGAUCAACGUGGGCAUUACUACGGGCUACCUCAUAUCUGACCUGCUGCUCAUAUUUUACUAUUGGAGGGCGAUAGGGGACAAGUUUUUUAUAAUUCACCACCUGGCAGCAUUGUAUGCUUACUACUAUGUACUGGGCCAAGGAAUGUUGCCUUAUUUUGCUAACUUCCGUCUGCUUGCAGAAUUUUCCACUCCAUGUGUUAACCAGCGCUGGUUCUUUGAAGUGUUAGGUUACCCCAAAUCCUCAAGGCCCAACAUCACCAAUGGGGUGCUGAUGGCAGCCAUCUUCUUCUUUGUGCGGAUUGCUGUAAUGCCCGUCUACUACAGCCGCAUGUACACAGUCUAUGGUACAGAGGCCUUCUACCGCGUUCCUCUGGGUGGCCGUGGGGCCUGGAUCUUCUCCAGCUUCUGCCUGGACAUUAUGAACAUCAUGUGGAUGCACAAGAUUGCACGUGGCUGUUAUAGGGUGAUGCGCGCUCGUGACCGACCCAAAGCCCAGCUUCAGGAGAAUGGCAAGGCCGACUGAAGCGUGAAGAUGUUGAAACUAGCUUUUAGUACGUCCCUCUGUUCUUUUGGAUGGGAAGACUUGAGAAGAGAUUCUGCGCUUCUCUCAAUGCACAAGGUUUUUUUUUCCUUUGGUUUCUCCUCUGGCCUGGGCCCCUUGGCACAGGUUCCUCUUUAUACUGCAGUCAGGUUGGAUACUGCAUUCCUUCAUUACCAUGUGAGGGCCUCCACCUCAGAGUCCUCUUCCCGACAAAUCUUCUCCCCUGUCAGCAAUACUCCCAGUGCAUGGCAAAGUCUUUAUUUGUUUCCGGGUUUUAUUUUGUGUAUUUCCAAAUGGCUCUUGAUGACCUUGACCUUUUCGGUCUUCUGAUGACUCGCACUAAGAAGCCACACAGCGUUAAACACUCUAUCUAGACUCCUGUGACAAUGGAGUGUUGUUUACUUUCUUUUUUAAAUGAAGUUGUGUGCGUACCUGUCUCCUCUCUUUUUGUAUUCAUGUUAUGGUUGCCUAAACGUCAUUGGAGCUUUAGAUUGAAGGGAUUCUCAGACAAUUAUUUGGGUUUUUUAAUGUGCCAGAACAAUUGUUAUUCCCUGCCCCGAUAUAUCAAAAUAAAAGUUAGGAAACCAACGUCAGGUCUCUGACAAAAGCUAAACCCAGGAGAAUGCCACAAACCUCAGAGAUCUCCAACAACAUUGGUCGCUUUAAUAUUUUUGCCAGCGUUGCUUAGAAAAUACCUAGAAACGGUCUACCCAGCUGUGUACGUUGCAGUCGGGCCACCAACUUUCAGGAACUCAUCCAUCAGCCAACAAGUGUAUGAUUCCCAGACCUGAGGGAGGAGGGUAGAUUCUAGUCUCGUUAAUUUCUCUGAACCUUUUUUUUUUUUUUGCUUAUUCUUUUUCCUUUUCUGAAAAGUGCACAUUGUAGGUACUUAAGAGGACAUGUCAGAUUGCUCUCCAAGUAAUGUAGGAUGUAAAAGUAAAGGAUUGUAAGAUAUUUAGAGGGAGACAUUCCUCUGAUGGCUCUAUCCCUCAAGAUCUUUGGGACAAGUCUCAAACUGACCAUACGCGGUAUCUGACAAUAUGUCACAAUUGAUGCAAAAUCAUCAAUGCACUCUCUGUACAGUCAGUAGUUGCAUGCUACACUAUUGUUCCUUGAAUUGCAUUCUAGACAGAGGUUUAAAUACAUUUUUGGGAGUAGGGGAAACUGGGUGUUUUAAAUUCAACUGUAUGUCCUAUAAGUGUGUCCCAUUCAGUACUGAACUUGAAUUCUUAAAAAAAAAAAGAGAUUAAAAGGUUAGAAGGGAUAUAUAAGUAAAAAAAAGACUAUGAAAGUGGGUCUAUGGGGAAUGUGCCCACUGGGCCACUGUGAGAGCCUUUGGUUCAUGUUUUAAUGAUCGAUGUGAAGAACUAUGUCUGCAUCAUACACAUAAUUUAUUUAAACCAGUGACACACUGGAGCCGCAUGUCAAUGUUAGUACCUACAUAUUUAUUCUUUUACAAGGAAAUGAUAUACGGAUUACAAAGGUGUUUGUGAUGUAUCUAUUGUUGAUAUAUAUUUAAGGGAAGAGUUCACAAUACCAUUAUAUUCCUUAUGAUCAACUGAGAAUGUGUCUGAUUGAUGAACAUUUUAGUGUAGAGUACAUAUUCUGUAGGCAUCCAACAAACUGGUGGUGGUAUCCACUGAUGUUUGACACUUGUAUUUAAUGAAAUGAAGAGUAUUUAAUGAGAGCUGCAUUUGGCGGGUUUCCUUUUCAAUGGAACAAUCCAGCGAAACUGUACUUGAAUUAAUCCCCACAUCUCUCCCCCCCUAACAGUUAUCUCUUAAUUAUGUCUGUACAAUUUUUGUCAGCAUUUCUGCCACCAUGUUUUUCAGAUUAUUUUUUUCUGGUUGCCUUUUUUCAAACAUUAUUUUUAUACUGCACAUUACUAUUUUGUUACAGUCUGUUCAAUGUCCAUGUGCGCAAGGAACUCUCACUAUCGUUUGUAUGUUUUCUAUGCCUUUCUUCAUUUGUCCUAACAAAAAUGUGAUAAUAUACAGGUCAGUGAAUUUAGAAGAGGAAAUUAUACAAGAUAAAUGUUUAAGAAAUGUCUUACCAGACCUACCAGCAUAGCCUAAGUCUUAGCAUGAUUCAAGCAAACCGUUUGUUUCUUGUGAAAUAUUCAGAUUCUGAUGAACAAGCCAAACUGUUAAGGAAACACGAUGAUGUAAAUGAGCAUUUUAACACACACUUUGCAUGCUAAGCAGCAUUGCCAGAUAUUAGUUUGCUUGCAUACUGUACAGGGACUUGAGCACUGUAAAUCCUGCCAAAUAGAGUUUAGUUAUAUAUCUACAUGCAAUCAACUAUACAUAUGUGUAGUUUUCUAUGUAGUAAAACAAUGGCAUGUCCAUCCCUUGGCAGUGCUUUCCUUUUAGUUUUAUGACAUUUAGAUUUGCAGUGUUUGUAGGAUAAAGUCAGGAUUUUCACAAUCCAAAAAGCAAUUGUUUUCUUUUUUUAAGUGGAUUACAUGUAACUGUGUGGGAAUGCAUGAAUGAUUAAUCUCAGCCAAUAUAUUACAUUGGAUGGAUCGACACUUGACCUACACAAUAUUCUCUUACGGGCAUUGUCAACUUUUAUGUUCUUUCACUGUGAAACAUGCUAAGUAGUUAAAGUGCAUUUGAAGGGAAGAUGUCACUUUUUAUUUGUUUUUAAUUUCAUUCUGUGACAUAGGGUUAGUUUCAUCGGGCCUUUGCAAGACAAUACUGUAUACAUGUACAAAACUGUUUUUAUAAUGUUGUUUUCUCAUGUCUUUGUUGAGCAUGGGCAACUCCUUGUGACAUGUGAUCUAUAGGAUGUUUACACCCAUUAACCAAAGUGUCAAGGCCUCAGUUGUCUCAUACUCCUGGGGUAGGGACCGUUUACGUGAUGGAAGGCCAGCACAUUCAUUUGUGAGCACUGGUUUUAUUUAUUUGUUGAACUUCUUGUUUUUGGUUGUUUGAUCUUAAUUAUAAAACUGACAUUGUAAAGCCAUUUGCCUCAAUAAAGCAAUACAUUCAUGAUCAAUUCA